AUGGAGAAUGAAGAUUUAUAUGAGCUGAUAGAAGAAGAGGAGAAUGAAAACGAUACGGAAGAUUACAGCAAUCCAGGAUUCAAAGAGACGGCACUAGUCGGAACUGCUGGCGCCAAAAUGAAGAAAAGCAAACAUAAGAAAAAGAAAAAAGUUACGUCUAAAAUGACACAUUUUGAACGACGUUAUUCCAAACUUGCCUUGGAACAAGUGUUGAUUCCGGAACGCAAGCGGAUAGAUUUCGUGUUAGUUCAUCCGACGUUGAAAGUUGAAGCGAAGGAAAAAGAAAAAAGGAAAUCAGAAAGAAAUGAACAUCAUCGGAACGAGUUUGAGAAUUUGUUAAUCUCUGAAGGAUUUUCGAUUCAAGAGAAUGUGAUUGGUCAAUUAACAUAUAAAAAGUUACACUGUCCCUUUAAAAGAUUGUGUUAUGAGGCAGAAAAAGUGAAACUAGAAAUGCCGUUGAAAGAUUGUGGAAAUCCGGAAGAACCAGAAUCAGGUUGUAUCGGAAAGUUUAUAGAACGCCAUUUAGAAACAGACAAUGAAGUUGAUUUUGUGAGUUCUCAGUUUUACAUGGAUAAAAUAGAAAUGUACCAAAACCAUCAGGAUCCAUCCAAUUUCUUCCGUCCUUCCUUACGCUCCUUGCUGGUAAAUCAUAUUUUAAUUAACCUUGAUAUACGAACUGAGCAAGAGAAGAUUGAGGGUUCGAAACCAGACGACGAUGACCCCCAGUCAAAGUUUGACACCAUCAUGAACUAUAUGGCACCUCGAGAAUCUCACAGCCAAGAAAACGAGGAGAAAAACAGAAAAGUUCUCAAGAAAAAAGGUCUGCCAUAUUUAUUGAUGAAGGGAGUGUACACAGACUGUAUGAUUCUUCACGAAAAUUCUCAAAAACGUAAAACUCAGGAGCACGGAAUUGACGAACAUUUUGAUGAGGAUGACGAUUCCAAUUCCAAUGUGUCUGUCAAACUUGAGGAAGAUCCACGCAAAGAGCUGGACGACACUUGGUCUAAAUUUUUCAAGUUUCAACCCUUAUGGAAAAUUCGUAAUUAUUUUGGUGAAAAGAUUGCAUUUUAUUUCGCGUGGUCUGGAUUGUUAACUACGUCGCUAUGGUUACCAUCAUUAUUAGGAUUGAUUAUAUUUAUAUAUGGAUUGGUUAUGAGUGUGUCUAAAGAAGAAAAAGUUGUAUUACAGAACGGUACAGUUAUAGAUGAGAUAAAGAAUGCUGUAGUAGGAGUGUUAGAUCUAAUUAAGGAAGCUUUUGAUAACGAUGCCACGCCAUAUUUUGGUUUGAUUAUCUGUUUGUGGGGAACAAUAUUCCUGGAAGCCUGGAAGCGGUUGAAUUCCAGACUAGCUUAUGAAUGGGAUGUGGAAGAUUUUGAAUCAAAAGAACCAGACAGACCUCAAUUUUAUGGAACAACUACAACAACAGAUCCAGUGACUAGUGAAGAAAUCUGGUUUUACCCAUUUAAACGCAAACUCAUGAAAAUAUUUGCGUCAAGUUCUGUUUUAAUUUUUAUGAUGUUGUUGGUAUUAAUUAGUGUGACGUCUGUUAUUAUUUACCGUGUUAUUAUUGAUGUUGAUUAUUGUCCUGGUAUUACUGGUACUGAAUGUCUUCUAUUGACCACCGUUAUAUCAUCUUUAUUUAACGCUGUUUCUAUUCUUAUACUCGGCAAGUUGUAUGAUAAAUUGGCAGUAUUUCUGACAGAAUGGGAGAAUCACCGAACACAGACGGGCUAUGAUGAUUCGUUGAUUAUAAAAUUAUUCGCCUUCCAGUUCGUCAAUAGUUACGCUUCCUGUUUUUAUAUUGCUUUCUUCAGAGGAAGGUUUGAUAAUAUAGGUUUAUUGGGUAGAGGAGAAGAAUAUAAAGAUGAUUGUCAAGGAACGUGUAUGUCUCAGUUAUCUUUUCAAGUUUUAGUUUUGAUGUUUGUUAAACCACUGCCUAAACUACUAAAAGAUAUUAUUAUUCCAUUUCUUCGUAAAUUAUGGGCGAAACGUCCAGCCUGCCUCCAUUUUAAAUGCUGUUGUUGCUGUCGGCGCCAGAAUAAAGUUGAGGAGAAUUCAACGGGCGUUAAACCCAGUGGAAACUCAGGGAAGAUUUUACAUAAAGAUUUUUUGGAACGAGAGCGACAGAAGCCAAGUCUUGGUGAUUUUACGCUUGGUGAAUAUACAGAAAAAGUUAUCCAGUACGGAUUUCUUAUGUUAUUUGCUGCCUCGUUCCCACUGGCACCAAUCUUAGCUCUAUGUACUAACUUGGUAGAUUUGAGAGUUGAUGCUAAACGUAUGUUAUGGUGGUACCGUAGACCAAUAGCUUUUAUUGCUCAAGAUAUCGGGAAAUGGUAUGAUAUUCUGUAUUUUGUAAAUAUAAUUGGAGUCAUCACCAAUGCCUUUCUAAUUGCCUUCACAUCUAGCUGGGGUAAAGAUUACACCCUCUAUGAAAAACUUUGGGUUGUCAUUGGUUUUGAGCAUAUAGUGUUUACAUUGAAAUACGUCAUGGCAGCUAUGAUUCCUGACACUCCAACUGAGGUUCAUCUAGCUAUUAGAAGGGAGAAAUACCAGAUUGCAAAGAAAAUGGAGGACAGUCGAAGUAAAAAAGAAAUAAACUACAGACAACUUUAUCCUGGUUCAAGGUCUCGUUUGCCGUCUGAUAAUCCUGACAACUCAGAAGAUGCUAAUUUCAUGAUGGUCCAGAGUAAUCCAAACGCAGACGUCAAUAACAUCAAUGAGAGCAAUAGAGCCCGAUCAGGGAAAGAUAACUCCAUUAAUGAUGAAGGAACAGAAGAACUAUCCCAGAAUACACCAUGGUAUAUGACUGACCAUUAUCCACCUUCUUCUUCCUCUCACACCAGAGAAAAUACAUUGGCACACGGCAGAAAGAAUUCAGAUGAAGAUUAUGGCGUCCAUUUUCCACCACCAACACCUCAUCUACCAAACGUUGAAGAUUCUUAUCCACGGCAUUCGGAGGCGUAGAAAUGCCACGUUUCAUUCUAGCUGCCAAAAUAACUCCAUGACAUUAAAAUAGUGCUUUAUUCUCAUUAACCAGUAGCCUUGAAGUCCAAAAAUAUCCACACAUCUGAUUGGUCCACAUUUUUGUGAUCAUUUCAACCUAUCAGAUGGUCAAGUAUCAAGUAACAACAUGUACAUCAAGUCGCCUUAUUUUCAAAAACUCAACUUAAAAUGAUUUUAGUGUUCCAGUCAUCUGAUUGGUCAAUAUUUUUGUGAUCAUUUCAACCAAUCAGAGGGUCAAGAAAAGACAUUUUCCAGUCUUUAUUUCCAAAAACUAAACUUUUGAUUGGUCAAUCACUAAAAUUGAUUUUGAAUUUACUUUUAAACUCAACAAGCUAGACUUAAUCUGUCAAUUACUAUAUACUGGUGUGUAUUUCGCUUGUUUAUAUUGGAAGUCCAGGAUUUUUUGGAUUGUUUUCUUAAGCGAUUGAUUUUUACAGAAUUUUGAUACCUCCUUUUUUAAAGAAUAAAUAUCAUAUACAUGUAGUUAGAUUUUACAACAGGGCAGCAAAAUUUUAAAAUUUUAUAUGAUGUUUUUUAGAAUUUACCGAUUAUUUUUUUUUAGUAUUAGAUUUUCAAUGCAUUGAUGAAAACCUUUGCACAUUACUUUUUUUAAAGCAAAUUUUACUGAUUAUUUUUGAUGAGAAUUAGAAUAGUAGCCUG